AUGUCUUCUACACAAAUUCAAACAUACACGCUCUCUGAAGGAAUCAAAUUGUCCUUCACUGAUAGUGGUGCACCACCCAAUGCUGUGAACUACGUUACCGUCCUCUUCUUGCACGGUGGGAUGUUUAAUGCAUACCAAUUCCACAAGAUCCACUCGCACGCUCAUUCGCUCAACCUUCGCACUGUGAUACUUCACCGAAGAGAUUAUGAAGGAUCUACGCCAUACUCCCCAGAAGAGCUAGAGGAGCUUGAACAAGGGAGUGUGGUGUUUUGGGAACGUUUGAGCGCCCAAAUAGCAGAAUUUCUCGAAAUCUUCAUUAUACGAGAAAAGAUUCCGAAGUUAACUCGACGAAAAUUGCCUCUUUCGCAGGAUAGGUUGCACGGGGGUGUCGCCAUCUUUGGAUGGUCCGCUGGAUGCUCUACAGUUUUAUCGUUCCUUGGUGCCAGCCAUAAUCCUAUGAUUUCGCAAGAAUCAUAUAAGCUUCUGGAGGAAUACAUUGGGAACUGUAUUCUCUAUGAUCCAACUUACCUCUGCUUCGGAUACACACUUCCCUCUGACAACCGGAACUACAUACCAUGGGCGGAUCCUACGGUUGCUCCGGAGGAUAUUCCUCGAGCUGUUUCUGAAUGGGUCAGCUCAUACUAUGAUCAUCCCUGUUAUGAUCCUAUCAGCGGAAGCUUGCCUGUGACGGCGACCAUACACGAUCUCGACGGUACCAGGACCAAGAGCGACGAAAUUACAAUAUCCUCGUGGACCGAUGAAGAGUUAGUCAAGGGCAUCGAAGGAGUUCCAGCAAAGAACGAGAUGUUGGCGUAAGUGGGUUCAUUUCAUUUCCCAUUCCCUGACCAAACAAAUAUUCAUGCAGAUUCCAACCGCCGGUACAGAACACCCUCCGUUUGCUGUCCGACCGAGCGUUUUUCGAUCAGACAAAUGUGACUACCUGGUUCCCGGAUGUAGAUGUAUUGUAUCUCGGGGGAACGAGAUCAAACUGGAUGUGUGCAUGGGGAGAGAUCGAAACAAAGAAACGAUAUCUUCAAGCAAGGUCGAGAAAGGACUCCCACGUCCGUGAGGUACAAUUCUUUGACAUGGAUGGAUUGAAUCAUCUUGUGGGCUAUGUUCUCAAUUUAUAAAAGCGCUCGCUGACGAUACCUUGAUUGGAUUAUAGGCGCACUGGGAUCAGACGCAAGAGUUCUUGCAGGUUGUCGCAGAGGGCAUUCAACUUCACUGCUUAGGUCGAUGGUCGUAAACAUGACGAUGGACCGCGAGGAUUUGAUAUGUCAUCAC